CCUCCUUGCGAUUGUGCAUACAUUUGCUCUUACUUCUGUGUCGAUUUGCGUACUUAACUCAUUUUGUACAUAAUCAUUUUUUUUUUUUAUCAUGCUGAUGUAACCAUUAUAUGAAGCAUUUCUUCGAUUUCACCAUUUAAUCAUUAGUUAAGUUGCUGCAUACUGUACAACAAAUUAUUCGUUCAAAUGCAUUUAUCUUUUUUCCGCCGCCUUAACGAGAAGAAACAUUCUCCUCAUUAUUUCCUUUUGUGAUGUUAUUAUUUCUGUUCUGUUCUCCACUUGUAUAACGCAAUUACCAUGCACAUGCAAUGAAUACGUCGAACGUGUAUAUGUACAACUAAAUCAUUAAAAAUUCAUUUGAUAUGUUUAAGAAUAUGAAGCAAAAGGAAACGUCCAUUUUUUGAAACAAGUUUGACCUUUAUUAAAAAUUCCCCAGGAUAUUUUUUUAUGUGCACAACGCUAAGUAUGAAAUAAGAAAAACAGUCCACGAUAUGGACAUGUACAUAUGCAUAUCAGUACAGGCAUCCGCUAGGGCAUACUUAUGAACGUACAAAGAUACACCUGUGUGCACCUUCUUCGCGAGUGUGCUAAUUCUGCGAAAUUGAUGUUUUAUUUUUUUUCUUAAUCCAAAGGGAACAAGUACACCUUACUAGGAGUAGCAAAAUGGGAAAAGGAAGCAACGCUUGUAAAAGGAACCAAGCAAGGGAGAGGAAGAAUGUGGAAGUGAAAGCGGGAAAGUCUCAGCUCAAAGCGAACAAAGACGCUCUAAACGUGAUUUGCAAAGUGUGUUAUACUGUAUUUAUGCAGACACAGAGCAUUGCACAGCUAGCCGAACAUGCCCAGAAUAAACACAAUAAGGAUGUGAAGGAGUGCUUUCCUGAUAAAUUUUAA